UCAGAGGCCACCAUCAACCUCCAGAUCAACCUGGAGCUCUACACCUAUGUCUACCUGUCCACGUCUUACUACUUGGACCGCAAUGAUGUGGCUUUGAAGAACUUUGCCAAAUACUUUCUUCACCAAUUUCAUGAGGAGAGGGAACCGUGCUGAGAAACUGAUGAAGCUGCAGAACCACCGAGGUGGCCGCGUCUUCCUUUGGGAUAUCAGGAAACCAGACCAUGAUGACCGGGAGAGCGGGCUGAAUGUGAUGGAGUGUGCUUUACGUUUGGAAAAAAAUGUGAAUCAGUCACUAGUGGAACUGCACAAACUGGCCACUGACAAACAUGACCACCAUUUGUGUGACUUCAUUGAGACACAUUACCUGAAUGAGCAGGUGAAAUCCAUCAAAGAAUUGGGUGACCACCCGGCCAACUUGUGCAAGAUGGGAGCACCCCAAUCUGGCUUGGCAGAAUAUCUCUUUGACAAGCACACCCGGGGAGACGGUGACAAUGAAAGCUAAGUCUGAGGCUAAUUUCCCCAUAGCCAUGGGGUGACUUCCCUGGUCACCAAGGCAGUGCAUGCAUGUUGGGG